UAGGGGAGGGGAGGAGCAGGGAAAGGGGAGGGGAGCAAAGGCCUGCGAGGGAGGGCGCUGGGGGCGGGCGAGGGGAGGAGGGGGUGGGGGUGGGGGUCCUGCCUGCGGGGGGAGCCGGGGCGGCCCCUUGUCCGGCCACCCCCACUGCCCAGUCCUGCUCCCGCCCGCGGCGGCCGCAGCAGCCGCAGCAGUAGCGGCUCCAGGAUGGUGAGCGCCGCUGCCCCCCAGCCCCGGCCUGUCGCCCCCGGCCCGCGCCCCGGCCCCGGGGCCGGACGCCCCCUUAGGCCGCGCACACUCACCUAGGACCCGGCCGGGAUGCCGAGCUCUGUCGAAGAUGCACUGGACACCGGAACACGCCCAGCCCCUCAACCAGUGGCCAGAGCAGCACCUGGACGUCUCCUCCACCACCCCGUCGCCGGCCCACAAGUUGGAGUUGCCCCCUGGGGGUCGCCAGCGCUGCCACUAUGCUUGGGCACACGACGACAUCUCUGCCCUCACUGCCUCCAACCUCCUCAAGCGCUACGCCGAGAAGUACUCGGGGGUCCUGGACUCGCCCUACGAGCGCCCCACCCUGGGCGGCUACGGCGACGCCGCCUUCCUCAACGGCGCCAAGGGGGACCCCGAACCCUGGCCGGGGCCAGAGACUCCUUACCCCUUGGCCUCGCUCCACGAGGGCCUCCCGGGAACCAAGUCGGGCGGUGGGGGCGGCUCCGGGGGUCUCGGCGGUUCCCCGGUUUUAGCCGGAAACCUGCCUGAACCCCUCUACGCCGGCAACGCGUGCGGGGGCCCGUCGGCGGCGCCGGAGUACGCGGCGGGCUACGGAGCGGGGUACCUGGCGCCGGGUUACUGCGCGCAGACAGGCGCCGCGCUGCCCCCGCCGGCCCCGGCCGCACUCCUGCAGCCCCCGCCCCCGCCGGGCUACGGCCCCUCUGGGUCUCUGUACAACUACCCCGCGGGGGGCUACGCCGCGCAGCCGGGUUACGGGGCCCUCCCGCCGCCGCCCGCUCCGCCCCCGGCCCCCUACCUGACCUCCGGUCUGGCGGCGCCCACGCCUCUGCCCACGCCCGCCCCACCCCGGCCGUCACCCGCCUCCUACGGUUUCCAGGGGGUAGCGGAGACCGGGGUGUCGCUGAAGCGCAAGGCUACAGACGAGGGAGCCGAAGGCCGCUACCGCAAGUACGCCUUCGAGCCCGCCAAAGCCCCGGCGGCCGACGGCGCCUCCUACCCCGCCGCGGACAACGGCGAGUGUCGGGGCAAUGGGUUCCGGGCGAAACCGCCAGGAGCGGCGGAGGAGGCGUCAGGCAAGUACGCUGGUGGCGUCCCCCUCAAAGUCCUGGGCUCCCCCAUCUACGGCCCGCAGCUUGAGCCCUUUGAGAAGUUUCCGGAGCGGGCCCCGGCGCCGGCUCCCCGCGGGGGCUUCGCGGUGCCGUCAGGAGAGCCUCCUAAAGGUGUGGACCAGGGAGCUCUGGAGCUGGCGACCAGCAAGAUGGUGGACUGCGGACCGCCGGUGCAGUGGGCGGACGUGGCGGGCCAGGGCGCGCUCAAGGCGGCGCUGGAGGAGGAGCUGGUGUGGCCAUUGCUGAGGCCGCCCGCCUACCCCGGCAGCCCGCGUCCGCCGCGGACCGUGCUGCUCUUCGGACCGCGGGGCGCUGGCAAAGCGCUGCUGGGCCGCUGCCUGGCGACGCAACUGGGUGCCACACUACUGCGCCUGCGCGGAGGCACGCUGGUCGCGCCGGGCGCUGCCGAAGGCGCGCGCCUCCUUCAGGCCGCCUUCGCGGCUGCGCGCUGCCGCCCGCCCGCGGUACUCCUCAUCAGCGAGCUGGACGCGCUGCUGUCCGUCCGGGACGAUGGCACGGCCGCCGCAGGCGCGCUGCAGGCGCCGCUCCUGGCCUGUCUGGACGGCGGCUGCGGUGCGGGAGCCGACGGCGUGCUGGUCGUGGGCACCACUUCGCGGCCCGCGGCUCUGGACGAGGCAACCCGCCGGCGCUUCGCUCUCCGCUUCUACGUGACGCUGCCCGACGGCCCGGCCCGCGGGCAGAUCCUGCAGCGGGCGCUGGCCCAGCAGGGCUGCGCGCUGAGCGAGCGGGAGCUGGCCGCCUUGGUGCAGGGCACCCAGGGCUUCUCUGGGGGCGAGCUGGGGCAGCUGUGCCAGCAGGCGGCGGCCGGGGCAGGCCUGCCGGGUUUGCAGCGCCCCAUCUCCUAUAAGGACAUGGAGGCAGCGCUGGCCAAGGUGGGCCCUAGGGCCUCACCCAAGGACCUGGACUCGUUCGUGGAGUGGGACAAAAUGUACGGUUUCGGACACUGAUGGCGCACCAGGAGGCCGAGGGAGCUGCCGCCCACUCCCGGCCCCUCUGUUUGUGAAGGAUCUUCUUUAACCCCACCGGGCUGGGGCGUGCCGGAGUGAGGGGUGUGGGGUGGGGGAGUGGAGGGGGCUGCCGGUGGAUUUUUUUUUUCCCGUGGGAAGGAAAAUGCUUGUGCUAGGCAGAGAGAUGCCAUAUGCGCUGUGUACUCAGGUUUUUUCCUAUUUAUUGUGGACGGGAAGCUCGCCAUCUCUGCCCCGCGGAAGACUGGCCCCGGGGCCUAAGGAACUCCUGCUCUCUCGCCACAAUCCUUUUGUCUCCUCGCUGUCUGAAUGGCUCCCUCUCCUUUCCCCUCGUCUCCCUUUCUCUGCUUCUAGUAGUUUUCUUUCUCCGUCGCUUUGUCAAUAACCAUACACCCUUCUCUCGCUCCCCGCCCUGUCUCUCCAUCUAUCACCUUCAGUGCUUCCGUUUCUAUCCCUUGCUCUCCAGCCUCUCUGUGUCUUGGUCCCUCUCCCUGCCUUCUGUCCCUCAUAUUCAAAGACUGCAGUGUCCCUUUGCGGAAGAUCUGGAGGUUAAGGGGAGGUUAAGGGGCUGAGGAGGAGGGGGUUCCCUUCACCCCUUAUCCCUCACCCAGCUGAAACCUUAGGUCUGUGGGAGUCAAGCAAAAAAGAAAAACACCCAAAGAAGGGGGUUUUGUUGUUGUUUUUGAGGAGGAAAAUUCCAGAAAUGUAGCUUGUUUAAUAUUUUAGGCCUCUUAUUUUUGUAAGAUGUGUAGAAUUUGCUGUUUUUCUUUUGACGACUCAGGAAGAAACUGACCUCAGAAAGAAUGUUAGAUUUUGGCUGCUUUCCUGUGUGUGUUCCCCCCACCCCCAGCCCUUCAACCCCUUCAGCCCUAGGGAAGCAGAUUCUCAGAAGACUCAGAAAGUGAGACCUGAGGGGAAGGGGAGAGGAAGACUGAGAGGCCACACUCCAACCCCUGUGCUUCUUGGGACAGAAGCAGAAUGUAUUGCAGGGGCCUCCUCCUCAGGGCCAAGGUUGUAGGCAGAGGUGAUGAGGACUGAGUUGUGGCAUUUGGAAGGAGGCAGGUCUUGCUCCCUUCCUGCUGCUCUUCCUGUAGGCCCCACCCCUCAGCUGAGUGGGGUGUUUUGUGUGCAGGGUUGGUUACCCAGAGUUGGGAUGCCUUUGCCCACCGCCUGCCCCGGACCUAGCAGGUAGGCUGAGAGGGCCCAAAUGGGAAGAUGAGCUGGGUGGAAAGUCCCCAGAGAGGUCAUCCCACCUGGUCCCUGUCUAGGCAGAGGUCUCCUGUAACUUAUGCUAAGAAGAUUUCCUCCAGAGGGAAGGUAGUCUGGCCAUAGGUCUGAUUGGGCACAGAGUUCACUGUAGACUCAGCCUCCAUGGUCUGCUGGGAGGCUCUGAGGAGGGGUGAGUGAGUGUCGGUCCAUUGCAGGAGAAGGUUCUGAGGGGACUCUUACCUCUCCUGUUCUCUUAGGGUCCUAGGUCUAGAGCUCCAGGGGCUAUGAGAGGGUAAAGGAGAUGGGCAGCUGUGUUCCCCUGAAUAAACAUUGGACUUUUAUUCUCAGUCCUACCCAAACUCUCCACCAGAGGCCCAGGCUUAGGCACCCUUUCUUGUGAGAACUGUAUUCUUCUUCCCACCAACUUUCCUGUGAUGGGGCUUUGGGGUAUUUUGCCCGCCCCCCCCUCCAACCUCUGUUGGAGAGCCCAUUUAACAACUCUGACCUUUGGUCCAGAGGUGGGGGAACAAGCCACCACCCCACUUCUCUCUCCCACUACCCUAGCCUCCCUUGUUUCUCACCACCUUGACAGCUCCUCCAGUGUCUCCCACCUCCCACUCCCAGCUGGAAGGAAGUCCAAGGGGAUGUUUCAGGUGCCAAGGUGCUGAGGGUCUGUGCUGGCCUAGGAGUGCUAACAGGAAAGCAGCUCUGUUUUCUCUUCUCCCUCCCCGCCUUGGUCCCUGACCUUCCUUCUGCUCCUUGGAGCUGGCUGACUGAAGGGCUACGGUGCCUCAAAAGCAGUGGGUGCAGGGUCUUGGCUGUGAAAAGCCCAUGGGGGGAGCAGCGAGUGAGCAGGUUCUCUCAGGUGUGUGUAUGUAUAAGGGGGGUGGGUGGGUGGAGGGCACUGGGGAGGGGGUUUGGGAUCUCAGCCAUCCCUUCAAGAGGCAGACAGCUCUGGGGGUUGGGGGGAGGAGCUCACUGACCGAGACCCACGGCCCCCACCGCCUCCUCUACUGGCCUUGGGGAGCUUUGCACACGGAGACAGCCCCCAGUCUACUAGCACCUACCUCACAGGCACUGGGGCGAGUGGGAGAAGGGCAGGUCCAGCUCCGGCAAUGUUGUGGGGGGGGCAUACCAAAGAAUCCAGGGGCAGGGAUGGGGGGAGGGCAGUCUGGCUCUCUUCUUCCUUUACCCAUGUUGGGGUUGGGGUCCUCCCCUCCAGCUGUAACCAUUUCUACCUCAUGUUGAUGCGUGUUGUACAUGGAUGUAUUUAUCUCCUGUUUGAUGACGCUCUGCAGUUUGGUCUGUCUACCUCAGAAGAGACUGUAUUUUAAAAGAAAGUAUGACACAGUAUUAAAGCGAUGACACGUGG